UCCCGAUUACAAAUGGCGAUGCCCCGAGUAGUUGCUUUCGUGUUGUUGCUGCUCUUGCUUUUGGGGAUAGCUUGUGACGCCCAACUUUCCUCUACUUUCUACGAUCAAACUUGUCCUACUGCCCUCACUACUAUUAGAACGGUUAUUAGACAAGCAGUUUCUCAAGAGCGUCGAAUGGCCGCCUCUCUCAUUCGCCUACAUUUUCAUGACUGCUUCGUUCAAGGUUGUGAUGCAUCCAUAUUGCUCGAUGAUACACCCUCUAUGAUAGGCGAACAAAACGCAGCGCCUAAUAGAAACUCUGCAAGAGGAUAUGGAGUGAUACACAAAGCUAAGACUGAAGUUGAGAAGUCAUGUCCUGGUGUUGUAUCUUGUGCAGAUAUCCUUGCUGUGGCCGCAAGAGAUGCUUCUUUUUCUGUCGGUGGUCCAUCUUGGACGGUAAAGCUUGGGAGAAGAGAUUCUACUACUGCAAGCAAAACUCUAGCCGAAAGCGAGCUUCCACACUUUCAAGAAAGCCUUGAUAGACUUAUCUCAAUUUUCUCAAACAAAGGGCUUAGUGCAAGAGAUAUGGUAGCACUUUCAGGUUCUCACACCAUAGGACAAGCUCAAUGCUUUCUUUUCCGCAACAGGAUCCAUAACCAAACUAAUAUUGACACGGGAUUUGCUAGCACUCGUCGUAGAACUUGCCCCACAUCUGGAGGGGACGAAAAAUUAGCACCACUUGAUUUAGUCACACCAAAUUCUUUUGACAAUAACUACUUCAAGAAUCUUAUACAAAGGAAGGGACUGCUUGAAACAGAUCAAGUACUCUUUAACGGAGGAUCGACUGACAGUAUUGUCACAGAGUACAGUAGGAAUCCAACGGCAUUCAAAUCUGACUUUGCAACUGCAAUGAUUAAAAUGGGAGACAUUGAACCUCUCACUGGUUUAGAAGGGCAAAUAAGAAAUAUUUGUGGUGCAGUCAACUAA